CCGGGCAGCUCCAAGAGUUUGAUGGCGGACUGAACGGCUUCGGCUUUCCGGAGAAGUUUCGAUUUACGAUCAAACAGCGAUAUAGUUUCUCAAAUAUUCGUCUUUUCUAAAGUCCAAGAUAAAACAUGUUUAGUUUGGAGCGAUGGAGUGUUAUCUGAAGUGAUGAUUAAGGACGUGAUAGAAGAUGGACGACUACUGCUAUGCUAAGAUGGCGACGUCCGCUAAAAGAGAACAUGAAAGAGAAUCAGCGCCACCAACUUCCAGCAAAUCACCAACGGAGAUAAAGACGAAAGAUGAAGAAGAACCUCCGCCUCAGCUACAUGGGGUGAACUUUACUUUGAAGCAGGAAGCUUCACAGCCCCCGCACAUUAAAGAGGAAGAGGAGGAACUCUGGAUAACUCAGGAGGGAGACAUUAAAGAGGAAGGGGGGGAACUCUGGAUCACUCAGGAGGGAGACGUUAAAAAGGAAGAUGGGGAGCUCUGGAUCACUCAGAAAGGAGACUGUCUUUUAGGGUCGGAGGAAGCUGAUCUUACCAAGUUGCCACUGACUGUUGUCUCUGUGAAGACUGAAGACGAUGAAAAGAAACCACAAGUAGACAACCUCUUAGCUCCACUAUCAGAUAGUGAGGCUGAAGAAGAGGUUGACGAACCUUUGAGCAGCGAUACAGACUGUGAAGGUGAUAUGUGGACUCACUCUGAGAACAAACACUCUGACUGCUCUAAAAAGAAGACCGGUAGAACAUGUUUGAGCUGCUCAGUUUGUGGCAAAAUAUGUGCUAAAAAGAGACGUUUGACUGAACACAUGAGAACACACACAGGUGAAAAACCAUUUAAUUGUUCAGUUUGCGGGAAAAGCUUUUCUCAAAAGAGCAGUUUGACUCAACACAUUAGAACACACACAGGUGAAAAACCAUUUAAUUGUUCAGUUUGUGGGAAAAGCUUCUAUCUACAAAAACCUUUGACUGUGCACAUGAGAACGCAUACAGGAGAGAGACCAUUUAAUUGUUCUCUUUGUUGUAAAACCUUCUCUCAAAGGGGUCAUUUGGCUGGACACAUGAGAACCCACACUGGAGAAAAACCAUUUAAUUGUUCAGUUUGCGGUAAAAGCUUUUCUCAAAAGAACAAUUUGAUUGUACACAUGAGAUUACAUACAGGAGAAAGACCAUUUAUUUGCUCAGUUUGUAACGAGAGCUUCCUUAACAGACGCGGUUUGACUCGACACAUAAUGAAACAUAAGGCAGAAAAAACACAAUCUUUGUGAAACAUACUAAGAAGACCGAUUUAGUAAGACACAUGACAAAUCACACUGGAGAAAAAUGAUAUUUACGACUGCGAAUAGACAACCAAACUAUCUGUAAAGUAGUUGCCCACGUUACAUGUUUUGUUUGUACACAUGGUAGCGAGAUUGUGUAUAGUGGUGAUAUCAAGCACCAAUUAAUAUUUAGAUCUCAUCUCCACGAUUUAAAAUAAUUUGAUUGAUGUAUUCUUUGAGGAAAAUUUGAACCUCAGUACAGAGGCAUUUGUUUGUACACAUGGUAGCGAGAUUGUGUAUAGCGGUGAUAUCAAGCACCAAUUAGUAUUUAGAUCUGGUCUCCACGAUUUCAAAUAAUUUGAUGUAUUCUUUGAGGAAAAUUUGAAUCUCAGUACAGAGGCAGCAUUUUAAACAACAUCAGGUGGAAUUUAGAUGAUAAACCGCUCACUGCUGGAUUUUAGUGCUGCUUUUGCACAUUUGACUAAAUAGCAUUAUUACCUGCAUUGUUAGCAGCCUCAUUCUUGCAUGUUAGUCCUUCACAAUAAAUCAAAGAAGUGUAAUGUCACGUGUGAGAAGUCAGCUAAAAAGGGAUGAUUUGCUGUGUGUCUGAUGCCAGAUUCCCUCAUGAGUUAGUGAUGCUAAGAACAGCAGUAAUCCAGACAGAUACAUUCUCAUUAUUGUUAUUUUUCAUCAUGUACUCUGUUUUUUACCAAACGUUGGGCAACUAAAGCUCAGAGUAUGUAGUAUUCAUCGGAGAAAGUGUUAACCUUUUUUAUGUGACGUAGCUCAAGAAGAUAAAACAGGAUCAUUUUAGAUAUAAUAAGAGAAAAUGAGGGGUGAGGCAGUGUACAUAAGAUACGUGUACAAAAGUAUAUAAUGUAAAUACUCGGAUGGUAGAAAUAUAUUUUUUGGCAGUUUACAUUUCACAUAAAGAGGAAGAUGCAAUAUCUGUGAUAAAAACAUUCAGCAGCAAC